UCCAUCUCAACCACUACAGCCAUGUCUCUCAAGGCUCUGCAGGUGUGUGUGCUGGCGUGCGCCGUGGCCGCUGUGGCUGCCGCCCCCGGCUUGCUGGCUGCCCCCGCCGCCCCCGCCGCCCCCGUGGUCGCCGCCGCCGACGUCGAGUUCGACCCUCACCCCCAGUACAACUUCGGGUACAGCGUACAGGACGCGCUGACGGGCGACUCCAAGUCGCAGCAGGAGUCUCGCAGCGGCGACGUCGUGUCCGGCAGCUACUCGCUGGUGGAGCCCGACGGCGCGCUGCGCACCGUCCUCUACUCUGCCGACCCCGUCAACGGCUUCAAUGCCGUCGUCUACCGCGGCGUCGGCGUCGCGGCGCCCCCGGAGCGCGUCGUGGCCGCCGCUGCCGCCCCCGCAGUCGCUGCCGCCAACGCACUCCUAGCCUAGGCUCUCGCCGUGUACCCUGCUGCCAAUAAACGUUCUCGUUCCUAGCAAA